AUAGUAAGUUCAAUUUUUGAUCCUUUGGGCUUUCUGUCUCCAGUAAUAUUGCCUGCUAAAAUAAUUCUGAAAGAUCUAUGUCGGCAAAGAUAUAAUUGGGAUCAAGACCUGCCUGACACAGUGAUUGAGAGAUGGAAAAAGUGGAUCUCAAGUUUGGCACAGCUUGAAAAUUUUGGAGUUGACAGAUGCGUCAAGUUGAAGAAGUUUGGUGUGCCAGCCUUUGCGCAGCUUCAUCAUUUUGCUGACGCAAGUGAAGACGCCUACGGAACCACAAGCUACUUGCUGACACGCUUUUCAACAGGUGAAGCUCAAUCCACCUUGAUCAUGGCAAAGACAAGGGUGGCGCCCCUAAAAUCUCAGACUAUUCCUCGAAUGGAAUUGACUGCAGCCACAGUUGCGACAAAGAUGGAUAAGCUUCUGAGAAAAGAGCUUGAGCUGGAAAUCCAGGAGUCUAUCUUUUGGACAGAUAGCACGGCGGUGCUCAAGUACUUAAACAGUGAGUGUACCCGAUUCAAGACGUUUGUUGCAAGCAGGGUCGCAGCAAUCCUGGAGCACUCUAGAACAUCUCAGUGGAGAUAUGUUAACACCACUCUGAAUCCCGCUGAUCACGUUUCAAGAGGACAGACUGUGGAAGCAUUUUUGAAAAAUGAGAGCUGGCUCUCAGGACCAAGUUUCUUGCUCAGCUCACAAGACCAGUGGCCUAAAAAUCCAGAUCCUGGAAUGCUGGAUAUGGACGACCUAGAGGUCAAAAAAGUGACUCAUGCAUAUGCCAUUCAAACAGGAGAAGCCAAAGAUUUUGUGGAUAAACCAUUAUUCUUCUUGGACAGCAUUGAAGCGUGCUGUAGCCUGGUUUCUAAAACUCAAAGAUCUACUGAAAGAGCUAAAGGAAAAGAGAAAAGAACUAAGAACAUCAGGAGAAGAAAGUAAGAUGCUUGAAUUCAAGAAAGAUAUUGAAGGAAAGUGUCUGACUUGUGAUGACAUGACUAGAGCAGAAACAGAAAUUGUGAAAUUCUGCCAAAGACAAAGUUUCAAGGAAGAUUGGGCGAUGCUGGAGAAAAAUCAAAGAGUAAAGAAAAGUAGUUCACUUUUCAAGUUAAAUCCAAUUCUUCAAGAUGGAAUUAUGAGAGUUGGCGGAAGGUUGAGCCGUGCAGCAAUGCCUAACAACUCCAAGCAGCAAGCUAUAUUGCCUAAGGAUUCACACAUCACAAGGCUUGUGUUGAGACAUAUGGAUGAGCUAACAGCUCACGCUGGAAGGAAUCACAUGAUGGCAAAUCUACGUCAAAAAUUUUGAAUACCUGGAGUCAUUGGAGCCAUCAGAAGGUUUCUGUCCAGGUGUGUCAUCUGUAAAAGACUCCACGGAGCUGCUGGAAAGCAACUCAUGGCAGAUCUACCAACAUGCAGGGUCCUACCUGACGAUCCACCUUUCACAAGAGUUGGUGUGGACUACUUUGGUCCGUUCCAAGUGAGGAGGGGAAGAGGACAUGUAAAGAGGUAUGGCGUCAUCUUCACGUGUCUUGCAUUAAGAGGCGUACAUCUGGAAGUCGCAUCCUCACUCAACACCGAUGCCUGUCUUAACGCAAUCAGAAGAUUUCUCGCCCGGAGAGGACAAGUCAAAGAGAUCUAUUCCGAUAACGGAACCAACUUUCGGUCAGCUGACAGCGAAAUGAGGAAAUCCAUCAAAGAAUGGAACACCAAGAAGAUUUACGAACAUUUGCUACAACGAGGUGUCCAGUGGCAUUUCAAUCCACCAGCAGGAUCUCACCAUGGAGGAAGCUGGGAGCGGCUAAUCCGUUCAGUGAGAAAAAUAGUGAGUGUUACCGUAAAGGAACAAGUUUUGGAUGAAGAGGGUCUUUGUACCUUGUUUUGUGAAGCUGAAGCAGUCAUAAACGGCAGACCCAUAACAAAGACUUCUUCAGACCUCAACGACUUGGAGGCUCUCACACCCAACCAUCUGUUAUUGCUGAAGGUCAAACCUGAGCUACCUCCAGGAGUGUUUCAUCCGUGCGACCAAUACGCCAGUCGCAGAUGGAAACAAGUGCAAUACCUUGCGGAUAUCUUUUGGAAACGCUGGUGUAAGGAAUACCUAGCGCAGCUUCAAGAACGUCAGCGAUGGUCUUCACCUAAAAGAAACUUUCGUGUUGGAGACGUGGUGCUGAUCGUGGACGAAACCUCACCCAGAAAUUCCUGGCCACUUUGAAGAAUUCUAGAGACUUUUCCUGGUGGAGACGGACUUGUUCGUCAGGUUAAAGUGAAGACUAAGACUAACGAGCUUCAUCGCCCUAUUACAAAGCUAUGUCUUCUUCAGGAAGCUGAAGAUAAUUAAAGUAUGGCGACGAAGCAAAGACCCAGAGUGGAAUGGGGCAAGGACUACAAGCUUUUUGAGAAGUACAAAGGCUAUUUAGGCACCUUAAAUUUUGAGUUAACACGUUUAAGUAAUUGUUUCAAGGACAUUGAUAAGAAUUAGGGGCCGGUAAUGUAGGAGCCUAAAUAUUGUUUAAAUUAUUUUACAUUUUAUGGAAGGUGCUUUAUGUUUAUUCAGCCAGAAGGGGACUAUUUACUUUAUUUGCAUGAUAAGAAAAUGUAUAUAUUGAAUGCUUAGAGUAAUUAUAUAAAUCUCAAUUUAGGUGUAAUUAUUACAUUUGUCAAAAUGAUUUGAUGACGUAACUGUUUUAAGUGCAUAUAUGGCGGAAGGAUCUGUGUGGUAAGGGGGUUUUUGGACGCAAGGUGUCAUGGGUAAUUGCUGUCAGGUGCGGUGGAAUCGAGCCACACAGUUUUUUGACCUCACUCAUACUUAUUCUCAUUCAUACUUUUUCUAACUAGUACUGCAACAAAUUCUCUUUAUUUUGUCAUUCAUUUUUUCCCACAUCGUGACUGUUUUAUGUUUUGAAUUAUUAAGAUCACAAGUAAACCAUACAAACGAAGAAGAACAUCUGGAGUUUUGUUUUGUUGUUGCCGCAGCAAGCGGAAUGAAUGUGAUAGUAGAGGAGCGUCAAGCUUAAGGCUACUUUAGGAAUCUACACUCAAUUUACCUUUAACUCUGUGUUAUUAUUAAUAAUUAAUGACAUGUAUCUUUGUGGAAACACUGAUCAUCUUAAUGAUUUCUCACAAUAAAUAUAUAUUUUUGAUGUCAUGUUUUAAAUAGGAUAAAAUCCAAUCUGCACUUUUCUAGCUGUAAAUAUACUCCUCCCCUCUUAACCACGCCGCCCAACCCCCCGCCAAACCCCAACCACGCUACCCACCCCCCCACCUCCCGAAAUCGGAGGUCUUAAGGUUGGCAAGUAUGGUUAUGGACGUAGUUUGACAUGUACUUCGGUAUCAAGGAGGUGUAGCGAAUUUUAAAGACAAGGCUCAGUGCAAGUUGUUUUACUCUGUCCUUUACCCUGAGCCAGCCUACUUUGGAGAAAUGGGUAGGAGUGAGAUGUAAUUACGGGUCGAGGUCUAGAAGUAACCUGACUAGCUUGUUCUGGGAUGUUUGAAAUUGAGAUUUGAGGGUUUUGGAGGUGCUGGGGUACCAGGAGGUGCAUGUGUAGUCAAAAAAGGUUUGAGUGAGAGUUCCAGCUAGAAUAUUCACGGUGCUUUUGUUGACCAGAGACGAGAUUUUGUAGAAAAAUCUUGUUCGUUCGUUGACCUUUUUGAUUACCUUGGUUGGCAUUUUAUCACAGGAAAGAUUAGCCAGUAGAAUGGAAUCUUGGUAGGUGACCUCAUCUUUCCUGGUGAUAACAAUGUCACCCACUUUAAUAGUGAAGUCACUGACUUUCUUAAGGUUGAUGUGGGACCCAAAUAGGAUGGAUUCCGUUUUACGUACGUGUAUGGAUAGCUUAUUGUCAGCGAGCCAGGUGCAAAUUCUACAGAGUUCGGCACUGAGGAUUUUUUCCACCUGUGACUUGUCCUUGCCGGAUACCAGCAGGGUACCGAGUCAUCCGCAAACAGAAACAAUUCACAGUCGCAUGCUGAUGACAUGUCGUGUUAUAAGGUAUACACCUACUAAUAAAUUAAAAAAGAUACUAUACCGCCUUUGAAAACUACCGGUAUGAUUUUUGCAAGUAGAAACGGCGUGAAGAGGAAGAAUGGCAAAGAUACCGGCAAUUCUACUUGUUAAUAAAGAGUGUGCGUGAGGUGCAUCAUGGAAGUAUUUUGGCUCCAAAACUAUUGAUAAAAGGAAACGUACACGGAAACGCUGCAUGCGUGGCUUUAAAACAUGCCUCGCCAAAGGUGGCGACUAAUAUUACCACCUUUGCUUCAAACUAAGGUAAACAUUUAAAUAACAAGAAUUCAGAGCCGCACAAGGAGUUUAAAGAGUGACAGGUAAUAAUGUAGUUAACUAGCUCCCCUGUUGUGCAUAUACAGACACGUAGACGCACACACAGCUGCUUGGCUUGUUGUCAAUUAUUAGAGCCAUCUUUUGAAAAAGUAUCGAAAUACAUUUUGGGACUGUAACUGGUACAAAAAUAUUGGUAUGUGACACCCCUGGUUCCUAGUAUAACUUACUUAUUAUUAGAAUAUCUUUAUCGUUAGUGCAAAUGUCCGAUGAACAUUUUGUCAACUUUGUAUGUUUAACUCGGUCAAAUUCUUUGUUGUAAUCAAUAAAAUAGAAGCAAAUGUCUUUGUGUACUUCUAUUAAUCUACUGAAAUAAAUAUCAAUAUUUGUCAAUUAAACUGUUUUAUAAAUUUAUUUUGUGUAUGAUUACAAUAUUUUUUCAAACAUUUUGUUUAAGUAAAAAUCAGUUAAUUUGUAUAUAUUCUAUUUCAAAACAGGUUAGCAACCUGAUAUGAGGCUGCCGCUAGUCCUUCUUCUCUGUUUCGUGCGCAAGAAAAUUUAACCAGGUUUAGUGGACUCUGCCUAGUCCUGAGUGAACUCUAUGAAUGCAGGGCAAGGCAGUGGCAAGUAAUUCCUACAUAAAUACAGAAACUGAGAGGCAUCAGCAAGAGGGGGGCGUGUGAGCUAUAAUGUGCUUGUUGCUCGUCUCUUUCCAGAGAAGAAGCCAUCAUAUUUGUUUCUUUAUUGACAUAAACAAAAAGCAGCGCAUGCAUUAAAUAAUGAAAAUAUGUAGAUAGAUAUAGAAAGAUAUAUCAAAGCUCAAAAAUGUCUUCAAACUAGACUUUGACAAAACAGAGGCUUAUCAUACUUUUACAACAAGGUAAGUUUGCCUCCAGAAGAAUAGGGACAUGUACCUCAGCUACAAAUAAAAGGUACGAUCACAAAUGUUUUAUAAUUUUACUGCAUAUAGGUAAAUAAACAGGACUAAGAAGUGAUUAACACAAUUUUUCUGAAAGUGAAUUAUUCCCUUGUUUUUGUUUUAUUCUCUUAAUGAGUGGCAUGUAUUAGCAGUGAUUAGAUCAUAUGAAUUUAAAGUAAUUUAAAAAACAACUCCAAAAGCAGCAAUGCCUCACUGAAGUGAACUUCACAGCCCAUCACUGGUUUAACGGUACAUUUGUAAUCUGAUUUUUCCCUAUGAAACUUAUCAGGAUUUCCCACAUGAUAGACAUUAAGUUAGGGAUGAGAAGUGUUUAUCAUGUCACGUGUCUACUACCUAAACAAAUACAGUGCAGCCCAGCCUCGGAGAUGCCAAAGCUUGUAAACCCUCCUAUGUCGAUGAAAGCAGUGUGUCGCUAUUGUUCAGUAGAGUUGGGAAACAGGGCUACAACCUGGAACUAGUAAUGCUGCACUUUAAUCAAUAAAUUACUUUCAUUUACUAAAUAUUACCAAACAUCCAUACAAUUUACACUGAUACUGUUGCACUUGUCUACAUUGUUGAACUUUCUUAAAAAUAAACCUUGUAAAUGAAGGGCGCCCAAAGUACGUUUAAUGCUUCAGCAUAAUGCAAAAAUAAAAUCAGAUAAUCAUUAAUAAGAUAUCAGAAAUGUUACAGUAAUAAGUGUGGUCAGCUAUAACACAAAGCUAAGAUGUGGAUGCUUUGUUCAGAGAGCUUAGCAUAUAUUGACCUACAUUGGAUUAGUUUUAGCAUAUUUAAUGUACAAAAUGCAACAAUGUGACAUCCUUCAAAUAUUAUAUUUGUUUUUUCUAGAAUGGUUUUUCUUAGUAGAAUUACUUGCCAGCAGUUUGUAGUUGAUAUGUUUCAUUUCAAAUAAAUACAAACGUUCAAACAAACUCAAGCAAUUUUAGUUUUAUAUUUUGUUACCUUACCGUACCCAAAAUGAACCAAACCCUGAUCUUAAAACCGACGGAGAGGACUGAGAGGUGGAGGCCAGGGAAAAUGGAGGCAAGGCAGACAGGAGGAUGACAUUCCAAGGAUGAGGAACAUGAGCAAGGAGGAAAAGCAGGUAAAAAAGGCUCCGAAGAGGAAAGGAAGAAUACAAAGAGAGCAGAGGAACAUAGGAAGAAGAGACUCAAGGGGACGGCCGUGAAUGACGGGAAGGGGAAGACGUGCCAGGGGCAGGGACAGUGUUGGGUUGGCAUCGGCGCCGACGCGGCCGUAACCCGGCGACCGCGGGGUCAAGCCUUUGUGGGAGCUAAGGCUUGAAGCAAGUUUACAGGACGUAAAUAAGGCAAAAGGGACAACAGGGACCUGCAAAGAGAAUGGCAGCACCAGGGUGACAAGUUCAGCCUCAUUGUGCUUGGCCUUCCUUAAGCGAGAACACGCCAGUGGCAUAAAAGAACUCGAAUCCCGCCAGGAACGACUUGAGGAGUUUAUUGUCCUCAUACUUUCGAGUCCCUUUGGCAAUAAUGGCACAAGUUGGUGAGUAAACAUCCCCAUUACGUUCCAGAUUCCCAUUAAUGCUCCACUGUUUGUUUCUACUUUUCACUACAACACGUUUUACAAUUUCACCCACUGGGUCCAAUUUUGUGUGUGUUUGUGUGCAUGUGUGUCUCACGUCAUCAUCCUCUUCAUCCUCCACAUCCAGGAUGCCAGAGUCCAAUUCUGACAGCGGGCCCUCACCCUGCCCGUUGCUCUGCAUGACCCUAGCGGCUGCCAGUGCUUCUCUCCUGUGGCGCCAGCCAACAGGAGAGAUAGAGUUAUCCAGCGAGCGCUGCAGUUGUGCCUGAAACGAACACACCAAACUUUCAGCAUUGCAAUGUUUGGUCUUAUGAACUGGACCAACAGAAAGCAUUCCAUGUUUGUGAGGUUUCAAAAUGAGGAUUUAGGAGGAAAACUCCAGAUGGGACAUCCCAACUGGAGAUCCCGUGAAGUCAUUGGAAGCAGAGGACGCAUUAUUUUCUCCAUGGUUAAGCACGCUGACCCAGCGGGUGCCCUCCGCCACCCUAACUGCAUGCGUACGCAUGUGUGUGUUCAGUAACUAAAUACAGCCCCCAAAGAAGCUAAUCAACUCUGCAGAGGACUGUGUUGACGAGGCUCUCUGUGGCCUUGUCAGGGCCUCCGGUGGCCUUUCUUUGCUGCAGGGCCACCGUGUCAUUCUCCGUUCCGACCUGGACAAUGUGAGGGGAAAAGUGGCACUGCUGGCAGGAGGAGGCUCAGGCCACGAGCCCGCACACGGGGGGUAUGUGGGUGCUGGGAUGUUGUCUGCAGCAGUAGCAGGAGGGGUGUUUGCGUCUCCCCCUCCUGCUGGAAUACUGGCUGCCAUUCUGUGCCUACACAAUGCUGGAGCAUCUGGGGUCCUUGUCAUUGUAACAAACUACACCGGAGAUCGCCUCAACUUUGGACUGGCCACAGAGCAAGCGUGCAACCGCGGUGUGGCUGUCAAUAUGGUCAUCGUUGCUGAUGACUGCGCCUUUAAACGCCCCACGAAGGCAGGGAGAAGGGGCUUGUGUGGCACUGUUCUCAUUCACAAGCUGGCAGGUGCCUUAGCAGACGAAGGCUGCUCAUUGGACCACAUUGUUGCCAUGGUGACAGAGGUGUUAAAGGGCACAGGUACAUUUGGAGUCAGUUUAUCCCCGUGCAGCGUUCCCGGAUGUCGGCCUUCUUUUGAGCUUCCCCCAGGGGAUAUGGAGCUCGGCUUAGGAAUCCAUGGAGAACCUGGUGUCAAAAGGUCAAAGGUGGAUUCUGCAGACCAAGUGGUGUCAGCCAUGAUUGAUCACAUGACCAACGCAGAGAGUCAGUCACACUUGCACCUUAGGAAAGGUGACCAGCUCAUUGUGUGCGUGAACAAUCUGGGAGCGCUGUCAGGUCUGGAGAUGGCCGUGGCGACGCGGGCCGCGAUUAUCAGUCUGGAAAACCGUGGGAUGGUAGUCGCCAGGGUGAUGUCUGGGUCUUUCAUGACGUCGUUAGAGAUGGCUGGAAUGUCGUUGACACUGAUGACAGCCAAUUCGGAAAUACUUAGACUCUUUGAUGCCAAGACCAGUGCCCCUGCAUGGCCAAAUCUCAGCAAUGUGCAUGUGAGCGGACGCAACCAUAUCACAGACGCCCCCAAUGUGCCCACAGGAGUGCACAGCGAUACACAGCCAGAAGGACCAAACAGUGCUAUGAUGCGGGCUGUGUUGGAUAGGGUUUGUUCCACACUUUUGGAAAAACAGGAGGAGCUCAACGCUUUGGAUCGUGCUUCUGGGGACGGUGACUGCGGGAACACACACGCGCAGGCGGCCAGAGCCAUUCGGGUAUGGCUCCAGAGUCACAUAGUCCCCGGUUGCCCCAAGCAACUGUUAUCCACCCUCGCUAAAUUGGUGCAAGUGAAAAUGGGCGGGUCUUCAGGAGCAUUGUACAGCUUGUUCCUCACGGCAGCGGCCGGUCACAUGACAGAGAGGCAAAGCAGUGCUGCAACGUGGGCCUGUGCAAUGCAUGCUGGGAUGCUGGCCAUGAGAAGAUAUGGCGGCGCUGAUCCAGGGGACAGAACCAUGUUGGACGCUCUGUGUCCUGCUGUAGACGAGCUGAUGAAACUAAACACAGCACCUCCCGGUGCAGAAAUGACUAUACUGCAAGCUGCUAUACAGAGAGCUGCUGCUGGCGCAGAAUCCACUCGCAGCCUUGUGGCCAAGGCGGGUCGAGCCAGCUACAUCGCCUCUGAGCGACUCACUCUCCCCGACCCUGGGGCCAAGGCCAUUGUUGCCAUUUUGAAUGCCGUAUUUGAAGCGCUUAAUGAGUAGCGGUAGUAGAACACACAAAGCAGAAUUAACUUUGUGCAUCAAAUAAAGUUUUCAAUACACUGAU